AUGUCAACGAGUGAUAUCAUUCCAGGACGGCCAACAUGGCAACAGACGAUGCUUCGGAUCAAGAAUCCAGAAAAGUCCAUUCCCUUCUACACCGAUUUGCUCGGUUUCACAUUGAUUGAUAAGCUUGAUUUUCCACAAUACAAGUUCAGUCUCUACUUUCUGACCACUCUUCCAGAAGGCGAAAAGUACGAGCUGACGCCUGGAACCCAAGAGGCCCAUGAUUAUUUGUGGAGCAUGGAAGGAGUGGCGCUCGAAUUGACUCACAAUCAUGGAACUGAAGAUGAUGCAGAGUUUUCAUAUCAUAAUGGAAACAAAGACAAGGAUGGUUUUGGGCAUAUUGCUGUCAACACUGACGAUGUUUAUGCCAUGUCGGCCAAACUGGAGGCGGCUGGUUGUUCGUUCAAGAAGAAGCCUGAUGAGGGUCGCAUGAAGGGACUCGCUUUUGUAUAUGAUCCGGAUGGUUACUGGGUUGAAAUUGUGAGGAGAUCAGAAGAUGCUAAGAUUCCAAACGAGUGCAACUUCUCCCAGACUAUGCUGCGGGUGAAAGAUCCCAAGAAGAGCCUUGCCUUCUACAAGAAGAUGGGAAUGAAGGUGUUGGAAGAAAGGCACUUUUCUGAUUUCAGCUUGUACUUUCUAGGAUCUUCUGUUGUAGAAGGUGAUUCCAAAGUGAAAGAGCUCUUCCAGCCUGUUUUGGAACUAACACAUAAUCAUGGCACUGAAAGCGAUGAUUCGUUCAAGCACUUCACUGGCAACGAAGACGAAAGGAAAGGUUUCGGUCAUAUUGGAUUCUUAGUUGAUGAUGUGUACAAAGCUUGUGAUGGAAUCCGAGAAAUGGGUUUUGGAUUCCAAAAGGAACCGGAUGGCGGGUCAAUGAAAGGGCUCGCAUUUGCACUCGAUCCUGAUGGCUACUGGGUUGAAAUUAUCAAACGGGGUGGCUUGGACUUUGGUGACAAAAAAGCAGAGUGA